AUGUACGGAAAAUCAAUCGACACCGAGGACUGUUACUGGGAAGGUGCUUUUGAUAAAGGAGCCAAAGCUACGUUGAUUAGCGGAUGGGUUAUAACAGGACGUAUUGCGUUCUUUUUGAUCAUAUGGCUAAACCUAAAUCUAUGGUGCACACCACUAAGGCAUGAUCUCAAAUAUCGAAAUUUGGCUGCGUUCACUACAGUGUUGACCAUCCGACGUGGAUAUCACUAUAUUUUUUAUUUUUUAAGGUUUAUGGAAUAUGAUUGGUUUCUUGACAUUCAUAAUUGUAGUACUUACGGGUUUUUGGACACGUUUUUGGGGGUCUACGAAGUAGAAAGUCUUACGCAUGUCUGUAUUGAAAGAUAUGUUGUAUCCAAGUAUAUUGCAAAUGGUUGGCCGAUCAAGCGAUGGCACUAUAUAUUAUACCAAUGCCUAUGUUUGUUCUUUUCACUGCUUUACUCGCUCUCGCCAUUGUUUGGAAUUGGCAGUUACGUUAAGGAUUUUUCUUGCCUAACAUGCACGUAUAACAUGAUUUUACCAGAAACAUGGGAAAAAUACGUGGUGGUUACCAUCUUUCUGCUCCGCAGCGUAAAACCUUUAUUCUUCAUUAUGAUAAUGAGUUUUUGGACGCAGAAAAUGGAAGGAAAAUACGAUGAAAAGAACGUACCGUGGAAGGAAGUUAGGUUUGCUCAUAUUGUGGAUGUGACUACUACAAUGACCAUUGUGUGUUGGCUCCCUAUUACUCUUAUAAGAGGAUUAGUUAUUAUAUUGGUGAAUUUUUUGCACAUUGAUAUAAAGUUGGAAUAUUUUGUAAUUUUUAUUAAUUGGGCAAUAUGGAUUGAGUGGUUUACUCCAGCAGUUAUAACUGUAACUCUACUGUACGUUGAUCAUCUUCUUCGCGCCAAAAUGUUUGGGGUCGACAAAAGUGAAGACGAAAUAGUUAAAGUUUACGAAAAAGAAAGU